UAAAAACAUCUGCAACUCUGUAUGUUCUUUGGAUUUCAACUCUGAAUGUUCAGGAAAUGAUCACUGACCAGCCACUGCUCUCCACUCAGACGCCUCAGACUCUGCACUCUGCCCCGUCCCUGCCGUCCCUGCCCUCCGUCCAGUCGCCACAGACCUUGUCCUCUGUCCAGUCGCCACAGACCCUGCCAUCUACCCCAGCACUGCUGUCCCUACCCUCCAACCAAGGGCUGCAGUCCAUGCACUCUGACCAAGCACAGCCGUCCUUACUCUUCGCCCAGGCACCGCUGGCCCUAACAUCUGCCCAGGCGCUGUCGACCAUGCCCUCUGCCCAAGUACCAUCAACUUGGCUCUCCUCCCAGGCACCAGCGAACCAGCCCUCCACUCAGGUACCGCCAACCCUGCCGUCCUCUCAAUUGUCACUGGUCACAGCCUCAGGGCUGCUGGCCCCACCCUCUGACCAAGCACUGCUGCCCCCCCACUCUAACCAGGCUCCACAAGUGAUUACCAUUGAGGACCAGACACCAGCUUAUCCAUCCAUUGAGCCACCUGUAAUCAUACUUGAAGACCAAGAAGGGCAACUUUCUGUAUCUCCACCCCAGUCUCCGCUACAUCCACUGGAUUUGUGUUUGGAUGAGACUGAUCUACAGACUAUAUUAAAAAAACUGGCUAGCAAAGUUGAUAUGAGUGCCUGUCCAACAAGCAACCAAAUAAAUGUAUGCAGGGACAGGAUUUUAGAAUCUAGCCUGCAUGCAUUUAAAAGACGACGGUUUAACCCAGCAGCAAAACUGGAUGUUGUUUUUGUGGAUGAGGAUGAGAAAUCUGAAGGUGCAGUUGAUGAAGGAGGUCCAACACGAGAGUACUUGAGGCUGUUAAUGAGGGCCAUACUUCAGUCAAAUAUCUUUGAGGGGCAUGAGGAGGACCGACGUUUGGCUUUAGACACUAAAGCACUGGAGUCUAAACUAUACACAUGGAUAGGAAAAAUGAUAUCCGUUUGUUUAGUGCAUGGAGGCAUUGGCCCACACUUUUUCUCAGAGAGGCUUUAUCAGCAGAUUUGUGGCAUACCGUUACAUCCCACCCUGGUAGAGGAAGUUUGUAACCAUUCGUUCAGGGAGCAGCUGAUCAAAAUACAGGAUGCAAAAACAGUCAGGGAGGCAAAUGAAGCAAUUAUGGAGGCAGCAGACAGCCUGAGCAUUGUCGGUGCAUUAAGACAUGUAUCUAACCUGGAGGAGAAGGAUUCACUUGUGCAGUCUGCUGCAGAUUUCUUUGUAAACGGAAGAGUACGCACUGCGUUGGAACAGUUUGCAGAGGGUUUAAGGACUCUUGGCUUGCUGGAGGAGCUGCAGAAAAACUCUGGACUGUUUUAUGAUUUGUUUGUCAGUGAGGAGAGACCACUCCUAGCACGGGACAUGUGCACCCUUUUUGAAGUUCGUUUUUCCAUGCAAGGCAGCAACAGAAGGGCUAGAGAAAAUCAAACAAUAUGCUUUUGGAGAGACUGGUUGAUCGAUAUUGAAGAAGGAGAAUGCAGUCCCAUUACACUUGAAAUGAUACUGGAGUUUGCCUCUGGAGCAUCCACGGUGCCUCCACUAGGAUUUCCCCAUCGUCCACAAAUUGAGUUCCUCCAUGAGGCCAACAAAAUCUUUCCAGAAGCAAACACUUGCCUUAUAGUACUCCGUCUUCCAGUACACACAGACUAUGAAUCUUUCACAAAGUAUAUGAAAGAGGGUGUUCUGCAGGCCCCUACUUUUGGUGUUGCAUAAGCAGCCAGUAAGUGUACCAGUUAAUUCACAGUUCUUUCAAAAUAAAAUUGUUGGGAAGUUUUGAAUUUGUUUUUAAGAGUGCUCUUAAACACACUGUAAAGGUUUUAUAUGGCUAAGCUCAAAUUGAAAGCAAGAUUGAAAUAAAUAUAAUAAAAUAAUAAAAAUAAUAAAAUAAAUACUUAAAUGCAGUACUGUUCAAAGGUUUGUCAAUUGCCAUAUAUUUCAUUUAUUAGUUCUAGAAUUCUGUGAAUAUGUUUGUUUAUUAGGAUUUUAACAUCAUGUUUUACACUCUUUGGUUACGUUCACAAGGUUAUAUCAAACUCAGUCACAGACAAUUUAGUGUCUCCAAAUCACCUCACUUGCAUGUUUUUGGAGUGUGGGAGGAAAACCGGAGCACCCGGAGUAAACCCACGCAGACACAGAGAGAACAUGCAAACUCCACACAGAAAGGACAUUCAUGUACAUUCAAUUUUGGCUGGAAUUUUUCCUUAAGGUUUAGUCCAAUUGCAUCAUGCUUCCUCUCUGCCUAUGCUGAUCCCUGCUCUAACCAAGGAGACCAAAGCUAACCCACGCCCCCUCCGACACUUGGGCAGCAAGCCGCAUGCAUCUUAUUACCCACACACACCGGCUAGGCAGAGCUGAGAAUCAGAAUUUAAAUUUAAAUAUACAUAUUUAAAUUAUGCCAUUUCUCCUUAAGAAUUAACAUUCCUUAUAAACUAUUUCUAUAUUUACCUAAUUGGUUUUUAUAUUGUUGCAGACAUUAAUUCUGAAAGUUUUAAUUGUAGUGAAAAUGUUACUUUACAACCAUGCAUUUAGCCAAGUGUUCUUUGACAGAUGUUUAUUUUCUUUUUGUCAGACAUUCUUAAAAAAUGUAGUUAAGUCAAU